AGCACAUCGCAGGGCGAUGGCGGUCAGGAAGGCGGCGACCAGAACCGCUCCGUCCACGGGGAACGGCUCGGCGCUAGCGGCGGGUCCGAGGAGCCGGACUUGGGGACGCGAUCGUCACCGCCGGCGAGUUUCGCUCCAGCCAGGCCUCCUCUAGGCCCGGGCCCAGCUCGGAUCCUGCCGCCAUCGCGUCUCCCGCAAGCCUCCCGGACGGCUGCGACUCCGCGCCCGCUCCACCCCGCAUCCUGACUGAACGCUCGCGGGAGGACGAUGCUCAGAGGCGGCGAUGCCGCCGGGCCCGGAUGGCUGAAGACCGGCGCGAUUCGCCACGGAUAGAAACGCAAAUCCCGCCCGACCUGCCUACCUGAUGGCCGCCGUCAGAGGAAAGGAAGAAGCCUUUCUCCCACAAUCCCUUUUGUGGCUCCUCCCUCCGCCUCGGCGGUUCUCCUUCCGGUGGGGAGGGAGUGGCCGCGCACGGCCUAAUGGGGCUUGUAGUUCCAAUAUCCAAGCCGGUGGUUUUCCGACCCCCCCCUCCCCCCCGCGCGCUCUCAGCGUCGCCUCUGAACUGCAAAGGCUGCGGGAGGCGUUGAGCCCGCAGGCGUCACUGCUGCGGUUCUUGAGGAGGCAAGUCGGGGACCGCAGUGACCGGCGUGCCUCUGUCUCUCUGCCCCGUGGUGCCAGGUUGGUGUCUCCGCCGGCUCCGUUUCGUGAUCCCGGAGCAGCGUGACAGCAGGACAGCCACCGGGUGGGCGUAGGCGCAAGUGGCUGCACGCGUAGGCCCCGCGCGUGUCCGUGAAGCCCGCCGGGGAUCUGCGGGACCAGGCCGCCUCCUCCUGCCCUUCCUGGGGUGUAUAGGAGUCGGAGGUGCUAAGUGCUGUCGCAAGAGAAGAUGGGAAAGGGCUGCAAGGUUGUCGUUUGUGGGUUGUUGUCUGUUGGGAAAACUGCCAUUCUGGAGCAACUCCUUUAUGGGAAUCAUACUAUCGGCAUGGAGGACUGCGAGACGAUGGAAGACGUGUACAUGGCCUCGGUGGAGACAGACCGCGGGGUAAAGGAACAGCUCCACUUAUACGACACGCGAGGCCUGCAGGAAGGUGUGGAACUGCCAAAGCAUUACUUCUCUUUCGCUGACGGCUUUGUUCUUGUGUACAGUGUGAAUAACCUGGAGUCCUUUCAAAGGGUGGAGCUUCUGAAGAAGGAAAUCGAUAAAUUCAAAGACAAGAAAGAGGUGGCAAUUGUCGUGCUGGGAAACAAAAUCGACCUCUCCGAGCAGAGACAAGUAGACGCUGAAGUGGCACAGCGGUGGGCAAAAAGCGAGAAGGUGAAACUGUGGGAGGUGACGGUGACAGACCGGAGGACGCUGAUCGAACCCUUCACUUUACUAGCCAGCAAGCUCUCCCAGCCCCAGAGCAAAUCCAGCUUCCCUUUGCCCGGCAGGAAGAACAAAGGGAAUUCCAAUUCUGAAAACUGAGUCAGAUCUUGAAAUGUCUGUAGCAUGGCACAGUUAUGAUGUAACAUGGCCCUUUACAAAACCACCUCCGGGCCUAAGUGGUAAUUCAAUGCACUUUACACUAUAAUUAACUUAUUGUGCUUAUUUAUUACUGUUAGACAUAUUUUAUCUUUGUUAUUUAUGUUGUACUUGUCAUUAAUAGUAAAAUAUGGAAUGUAUGCGAUGUUCCAUGGGAACCUUCCAGCCUGUCAGGAACUGUCAUACUCAUUGUAAUUUCAUGCAGAUUCCUCACCGUGAACAUAAUUUCAAAAAGGCUUAUUCCUGUAUGUCUAGGAUGUGUGUGUGCAGCCACUUUUCUUCUUCCAUCUAUGCCUAAGUUCCAGAGGCUGAACUCAAGCUGCUGGACUUGCAUGGCAAACACCCUUUCAGUAGCGAAGGUUGAAUAGGACUGGAAAGAUUGGUCAGUAGUUAAGACUGAUGCUCUUGCAGAAGACCCAGGUUCAAUUGCUAGUACCUACACGGUGGCUCACAACCACCAGUAACUGAUUCCAUGGGAUCCAGUGUCCUCUUUUGACUUCUUCAGGUACCGCAUGCACAGAGAGGAAAUGAACACAGCCGGGUCAGGGUUGUUCUUAAUAUUGUUUAUUAGCACAGUAACAAAUGCAGACAUAAGAAGUCUAAAACACAUAACCAGUCCACUGAGCAGUUCCUAUUUCACGCCUACAGUUAACAGCUUAAGGUAUUUCACUACAGGGUUCCACAAAUCCUGAUUCAACCUUUAAAGUAACUUGCAUAUGAAAUAAAAUACAUUAACUACUCGUUUCCUACAUGGUGUCUCAUAGCCAGGUGUCCAUUUUACAUAUACGAGGUAACAAUCUCUACAAACUGUUAAAUACCAUUGUUUUCCUCUAAGAAGGAAAAACAAAUUCCAACUUUUUAAAAGAAGAAAAUAGGACUUUGCAUCAAUGGCCAAGUGUGUAACCUAUACAAAUGUAAGCUCAUUUAGAAAUUACAGUAGACUACACUCAAUGAAACCCAAGUGUCUACACGCGCAUUCUUUCCUGUUGUACUAAAAGUAAGCUAAUCUCGCAAAACUGACAGCUCUAAAAGUCACUAUUACCAAUUUGUCUACUGUAGCAAGAUACCUUAAGUUACAACAAAAUCUUAGGAAGUAAGACUGAAUAAUAUCUGUUAUAGAAAUACCCUACUCUUUACCAAUUCCCACCCUCCCCCACCC